AUGGCCAUCAAACUUUGUGCGUUGGUUUUGCUGUUCGCUGGUGGUACCUUUGCGAUCGAGCAAGGUGCAAUUACUGGUACGAAUGUCGACUGGUCUAAGGUACGCUCGAUUGCCGAGUUCGACCACUACUGGACACGGCUGCCAGCGGAGCUGCAGACGAUCCGCAGUGCGUUACCGAGUCCUGCGAGUCGCAUUGCAAACGGGUACACCGCCGUACCGGGCCAGUUCCCCUAUCAGGUGGUGCUGCUGUCAGAAUUCACACUAGGCACGGCGUUCUGUGGCGCAACCGUACUGACCAACAGCUUCAUCCUGACGACCGCCCACUGCGUGGCGGAAGGUGCCGGUAUCAAGGCGAACGGAGGACUCGCCAUUAUGGGUGCGUACGAUCGCACGAUCGUAGAGCCAGAGCAGCAGCGCAUCCGCUUCAGCACCGCGGGCAUCACCGUCCAUCCAGCCUAUUCGAGCGUUAAUUUGCGGAACGAUGUGGCAACGGUACUGCUGGACGCACCCAUCACCUACACGGUCCGCAUCCAACCGGUCCUGUUGCCCGGUCCAACCGAUCAGCGAACGUUCGCCGGUGCGCAGGGCACCGUGACGGGGUAUGGGCGUACAUCCACCACCAGCACCACCAUGUCGCGGUUCCUGCGCUAUGCGAUGAAUUCCGUCAUCACGAACAGCGAGUGCGUCGCGGCCUGGUCGUCGUACUACGUGGAGGAUCAGAACGUGUGCAUGAGUGCAGCGAACGGCAGAUCACCGUGCAUCGGCGAUUCAGGUGGUCCGCUGCUGGUGAACAGUGCGUUCGGACCGCUGCAGGUGGGCAUCGUGUCGUUCGGUGAGGCGGUAGGCUGUGCCGUAAACUAUCCGUCGGUUUACGCCCGCAUCACCUACUUCCUACCGUGGAUUUUGGAUAAUUCGGAUUACUAA